AUGAAUUUUCAGGUGUUAAGAGAUGGCGAAUAUCAAAAAAUCGCAGCUGAAUUCAAUUUGUCUGAAACAGCAUUUCCUAUUCCAACCGACGGCGAUUUCCAUACAGCUAGCAAGUUUUCGUUACGGUGGUUUACUCCUAAAGCCGAGGUGCCGCUGUGCGGACAUGCGACACUCGCUUCUUCCCAUGUUCUGUUCAACGAAAUCGGUAACGAAUCAUCUACGAUUACAUUUGCCACGAAAUCUGGAAAUCUUGUCGUUCGAAAAGGUGCUCGAAAACAAGUUGAAAUGGACUUUCCGCAGUACAACGUUACUGCCAUCCAGUUUCACGGAAAACCGAGUUCACUGGCAAAUAUUUUUCCUGAGGUUGUUACAAAUGUGCGUUUACAGUUUCGUGCUCCGCCUCAUUUGCAUGAGCUCAUUCAAUCCUUCAUCCCGAAAAUCAUUCGGGUCGAAGCUGUCGCUUAUGCAAGCGCUGCGAAAAAGUUGAUUAUCGUCAUAGACAAGGAAACUACAAAUUUUGAAUUAUCACAAAUUACUGCAAUGCGAGCAGAAAGGAUGGUAAAGCUCGAUCCCGAAGGUGAAUUCACACGUGGAGUGAUCGUCACCUUUGCACCUCUCCACGCCAUGUCACAGGGAUUCGUUGAUUCUGAAGCCGAGCCGUAUGACUAUGUGUGCCGCUACUUCGCACCGUGGGUAGGGAUCAUGGAGGAUCCAGCCACUGGUUCUGCUCAGUGUGCUUUAGCACCUUUCUGGGGAGCAGUACUUCAGAAACGUAGUCUAUACGCGUAUCAAUCAUAUCCGAACCGAGGAGCACAGUUUCGAAUAAACCUUUGCGAUUCCGGCAGAGUAUCUAUUCUUGGACAAUCCGUCACAGUUCUACAAGGUCAAAUCCAUUUGAACGAAGCAAUAUUCUAUUAG